CCGCCAAGACGGGUACCACUAGCGUUACAGCCAAAACUCAAGCAGAAGUUAGAUAGUUUGUUAAAAAAUGGAAUAAUAGAAAAAAAAGAUGAGUCAACAUAUUGGGUAAACAACUUGCUUAUUGUCAAAAAGAAAGAUGGAUCAUUAAGAUUAUGCCUCGAUUCUAGAAAUCUCAACAAGGCAAUAAAAAGAGAACAU